AAACAAUCUCCGUGGGAGGCGACUGCAACCAGCGCAUUGUGCCAUGCCCUGGCGCUGGCGGCGCAGCUUUCCCCGGAGCCUGGCAGGGAUCCUGCUGUCCCGGGCGUGAGCGGAGCCCCGGGGGCCCCCGCGCUUCCAGGCCAUGCAGCGCCGAGCCGUGCAGCCCAGCCCCAGCCCCUGGGGACGGGCUCGGAGUCGCUAGGAGCCCAGCCCGCCGGUCUGGCAUGCGGGGUCCCCCCAGCCCUGGGGCUUAGUGGGGGGCGCCGCCAUGCGGGGUGCCCGGGAUGGGGGGCCGGCGCCGUGGCGGGCGCUGUGCCAGGAUAGCCGGGACCCCGAGCGCCAGAAGCACUGGGCCGAGCUCUUCGACCAGCUGGACACCAACAAGGACGGGCGGGUGGACAUCAAUGAGCUGCGGGAGGGCCUGGCACGGAUGGGCAUGAAUGCCAGCUCCCAAGCUGAACAGGAGAUCCUGCGCGAGGGCGACACGGACCAGGACGGCGAGCUGGACUUUGAGGAGUUCGUGUGUUACCUGCAGGAGCGAGAGCGCAAGCUACGGCUCAUGUUCCACAGCCUGGACCGCAACAACGAUGGCCACAUCGACGUGUCUGAGAUCCAGCAGACAUUCCACAGCCUCGGAGUCUACAUCUCUCUGCAGCAGGCAGAGAAAAUCCUUCAAAGCAUGGACAAAGACGGCACCAUGACCAUCGACUGGCACGAGUGGAGAGACCACUUCAUCCUCAACCCGCUGGAGAACAUGGAGGAGGUCGUCCACUACUGGAAGCACUCCAUGGUCCUGGACAUCGGCGAGUGCCUUACCGUCCCUGACGAAUUCUCCGAGAAGGAGAAGAAGACGGGGAUGUGGUGGAAGCAGCUGCUCGCGGGCGCCAUGGCUGGGGCCGUCUCCAGAACCGGAACCGCCCCGCUGGACCGGCUUAAAGUUUUCAUGCAGGUUCACGCCUCCAAGACCAACAACAUGAACGUGUUUGGGGGGCUGAAAGGCAUGAUCCAGGAGGGGGGCGUCUGCUCGCUCUGGCGUGGCAAUGGGAUCAAUGUGCUGAAGAUCGCUCCUGAGUCAGCCAUCAAGUUCAUGGCCUAUGAGCAGAUCAAGCGGGCGAUUCGUGGGCAGCAGGAGACGCUGCGGGUGCAAGAAAGAUUUGUAGCCGGCUCGCUGGCCGGUGCCACUGCUCAGACAAUCAUCUAUCCCAUGGAGGUGCUGAAGACCCGGCUGACCCUGCGGAAGACGGGUCAAUACUCGGGGAUGGCCGACUGUGCUAAGAAGAUCCUGCAGAAGGAGGGAAUCCGGGCCUUUUACAAGGGCUACCUGCCCAAUGUGCUAGGCAUCAUCCCCUACGCUGGCAUCGACCUGGCUAUCUACGAGACGCUGAAGAACAUGUGGCUUCAGAAGUACAGCAAGAACACAGCGGACCCCGGCAUCCUGGUGCUCCUGGCCUGCGGGACGAUGUCCAGCACCUGCGGGCAGAUAGCCAGCUACCCCCUGGCCUUGGUGAGGACCCGGAUGCAAGCCCAAGCCUCCAUCGAGGGCGCCCCGCAGCCCACCAUGCUGGGCCUCUUCAAGCACAUCCUGUCGCGGGAGGGGGUGCUGGGCCUGUACCGGGGCAUCGCCCCCAACUUCAUGAAAGUGAUCCCGGCCGUCAGCAUCAGCUAUGUGGUCUACGAGAACAUGAAGCAGGUGCUGGGCGUGACGUCCAGAUGAACCCGCCGGCCUGGCGGGGCACGGAUGCCCCUGCCCCAUGGCUUGCCCCCUGCCCCCUCGCUGCACUUUGGAGGCUGACGGAGCAGGAUCAGGGCCGGUGGGGGCUCCGGAUCCAGGAGCGUUAAGAGGGACGCUGAGAGCUCUCAGCUACAUCCCGCUCCCACACACACCCCUCCUCCGAUGCAGCGGGGCUGAGCCGGUCCAGAGGACCAAAUCCAGGAGCAACCCGGGGGCGUUGCCUCUGAGCGUGCCCGGAACCCCUCGCCCCAUCUCUGCCACUCAGAGCAUGGCUGCUGGGGGCACCCUUUGCCAGGGGAUGUGGGGGCUAGGAGCAGACCCGGGGCAUUGGGGGCGGUGGGGAGGGGAUUAAUACAAGGCUCAGGUUUUGGCUAAUUUUAGUUUGAGACUUGACAAGCUCCCCCCCCCAACUCCAGCCCCCAGCUCUGCUUAAGGGGGUAUUGCUCCUGGAAGCACAUGACACAUGCACAACCCCAUUCCCUGCAUGCUACGGCCUGGGGCAUGGCAUGUUUCCUGCACUGGGGGCUUUGCUGCCCCCCUCCUGCCCCCCAAGCACUCGCUGAGACAGCACGGUCAGGGGAUCCCAGGGGAGAGAGACUCUUCCAAUCAGCACUGACACUGGAUUCCAGGGGAGACUCCUCCAAUCAGCACUGACACUGGAUUCCAGGGGAGACUCCUCCAAUCAGCAUCCCCUGACUCAGUACUGACACUGGAUCCCACGGGAGAAUCCCUCCAAUCAGCACCAACACUGGAUCCCAAUGGAGAGUCCUCCACUAGCCACUCCCCCACCCAAUGAUACAGGACUCUGGGGGAAUCCUUCUAGAAGGACUCACCGACAUAGUGAUCCCACUGGAUCCCACGGGGGGUCCCCUCCUGUAGAGAGGGUCACCCCCCAAGUAGCGUUACCAGAGCCCAGCUGGACCCCCCUGCAACUCCCCCCAGCCCAGGCACUGCACCGGAUCCCCCAAGGGGCUGCAGCCUAAAACACACGUGCAUGUGCAUGGACCUUGCAAAAGGGGGAGGCCACAUGUGACUUGCCUGGGGGGCUACCUUGAAAGCAGGGCUAGCUCCAGCUCUUCCUCCAUGGCCACCCAUUGUCUCUCUCUGCCCCCGCCUAGGCAGGGGAGACCUGGCACUGGUAGCCUCUUCCCCUACCUGGGGGAAGCCCGGCAGCCUCAGAGGUCUCCCCUCCACACACCAAGCAGAUCUCCCUCUGCGCACCAGGGGAGACCCACUGGCCUCCUGGCACCUGGCGCCACGGGGCAGUGGUUGAGGCAGGGCGCGGCCCUGGCACAAUGGACAGGCUAAAAGCCGAGUGGUGUGGGCACGGCCCCACUGCGAGGCGGGACGCAGAGUGAGCCACACAACGUCCCCUGGCCAGGGUGGGGUGAGAUGCAGUGAGGGCUUGUGGCCCCAGUGUAGCCAAGCCCAGCCCGUGGGUUACCCCAGGGCAAUGUUGCCAGGGCAGAUGGGGGUGAAAUUCCACCCAAGAAAGGGGCAGUGCUGGGCAUGUGCAGACCAGCCGCUGUGACAUAUCCUAUCCAGCAGGGGGCAGCAUGGCAUGCACACAGCUGCCCUCCUACACCCACCCCUCUCUCCACACAAACGCACACGAGCCGCUCUGACAUAUCCCGUCCAGCAGAGGGCAGCAUUCUUCAACCCCAGUGAGUCCCCUGCCACUCGCAGCACGUAGGAGUGACAGGCCGUCCAGCAGGGGGCAGCGUUUUACACACACACACACACACACACACACACACACACGCUGCUCUCCCCUCCCCCAACCUUGGGCAGAGGUGCCAUUCUAACCUGCAGGGGGCAGCUUCACCCAGCUGCAUGCGCACUGCCCCCACGUAUACAUACUUGAGCACAUGUGAAAUUCCAUCCACUAGGGGGCAGCACCCCCGCCCCUCUCUUCAGCUCCCCUAGGGGGAGCCCCGGGGCACACAGCACGGAAAGCGUCGGCCUCUUUUGCACAGGGAGGGUUUUAACUCUGGCCCAUUACGGACUCUGCCUGGUUUUCUGUGGCCCAUGUGGAGGCCCCACCCCUCAGGUACCGAGACAGGGGAUUGCACCCCCUGUCCCCCACACCAGGGAGGGUGGAUCCCACAGACAGAAUAUUCUUGUGUUAUGAUUUUGCAUCGGGGUUUUCGGUAGAGCGCCCGCCUGCGGGCUCCCCGGCCGUUUCUUUGCAAUGGCUCCGCUGGGAUCCGCUUGGAUCCAGCAGUCACCAUCUCGACCCUCUAGCAGAUCCCUCCCCCCCAGACCUUGGACGCAGACAUUUUUCCGCAUCAGUCCUUGGCCGGCCUGCCCCUCUCCCGUCCUGCUGACGCCAGCUCUGAGCCAAGGCCCUGGGGGGGGGGGGGGGGGGGGGCGCGGGAGUGACAGAGCCCUUUAGUCCUGCGAGGGUGUCCUAGACUCCCUGGUGGAAGGGGGCCCCUAGAGAAGACCAUAAGAGCGGCCAUACCGGGUCAGCCCUAUGGCCCAUCUACCCCGGUGUCCUGUCUUCUGACAGUGGCCAGUGCCAGGUGCUUCAGAGGGAACGAACAGAACCGAGUGAUUAGCGAGUGAUCCAGCUCCUGGCCUCAGUGCUUAAUUUGCAAUGAAAGAGGUGCCCGCGCUCAAGCAAAAAUUUUGUUUUUACUUUCAUAACUGACGCAGCAAGCCCAGGGGGGCCGGGGCUCUGAACGGCCGAGCCCAGGGGGGCCGGGGCUCUGAACAGCCGAGCCCUGGCACAAAUUGAGCACUGCCGGUUGUCCAGUCUCUGCUUCUGGCAGCCAGGACUGAGCGGAGUGUGGGAUUGAUUUGUGUUUGAAGGGGGGGCAUCAGUGGGGUGAGCUCCCCCAGUAAAACCAGAGCAGAAGUCUGGGUGGAACACCCCCCCCCUUCACCAUCCCCCCGAGCUGGGUCAUUGGCUGGGACCAAACCUGGGACUGAUGCAAGCCCCUCUGCUAAUUAAGCCAAAGGACUGUUUUGCUCACUCGCAGUAGCUGACUCCUGAGCCGCCAUACAAAAUCUGACCACUAGAGAGCAACAGAGAGACUGUUCGCCUGGGGCACUCCCAAGCAAUAUUUGCAGAGCCUGGGGGGGUGCAGCGACUGGGGGGCUGGGCGUCAGGAAGGAGUCCCCCUCCUUCCUCUGAGAGUGUGGGGCUGUGUAUGGGCAGGCUGUGGGGAGGGGCCUGCUCCCAGAACGUAAGAGCAGGUGCUGAGCAGUUGAGGACUGGGGAAGUUGUGACAUGGGUGGGGAAGGAGCCCAUUUGGGGUGGGGAGGGGGAGCGAGACACUGCAAACUCCUGGCACUGUUUGAAGCUUAUUAUUAUUGCUUUAAUCUUAUUUAAUUCCCCCCUUCCCCGCUCGAGGUUCGCGUGAUGAGAGGCACAAAGGGUUAAGGAGAUAGUAGGGGGCAGAGGCAGGUUCUUGGAGGGGGCCAGAAACAGCCCCUCCCAGUGUGGGGCAGAAGAAUAACAGCCCUCCCCCAGUGUGGUGCAAACAGGCUUCCCAAGGGGCAAUUGGUCCCUCUCCCGUAGGAGGCGCUGUGAGCACCUGGGGCGGGGCAGAGUUUGAGUUUCGCCAUCCUAGCAUUUCCCCUUGGAGCUGAGGACGCCUGACCCCAUCCGGAGCCAGCACCUUUGCUCCGUGGUGCCUUGCGUGGUGGCCAGUAACCGGUGGGAAGAGCACGACACUCGCCCCAUCUCAGCGGGGCCUGGCGCUGCCCCGCGCCCGCCUGCCGAUGUGCUGGCUGCAGGGCUGGCUGGUAGGCCCGACUCUGCGCCCGGGGGGCUGCCACUUCAAAGGGAAAAAAGAGCUAAUAAAGUUUUCUAAACUUU